CGUUUAUUUUCAUUUAGUCGUGUACGCCAAGACGCGCGAGUAGUACUGUUCCGCCAUUUGUUUUUAAUCAAGUAAAUUUGUGAGUGACCUCAACUUGUGAAGUUUUGUGUAGUCUUAUUGUGUUCAAAAUGGGGUGUGGAACGAGUUUUGUGAAAUAUGUGCUGUUUUUCUUCAACUUGGUUGUUGCGUUGUUCGGGUUGGCGGUGAUCGGUAUCGGCGUGGCCGUGCUACUCAACUGGGCGGUGAUCAAGGAUGAGCUGGAGGGACAACUCAACGUGGCGCCCUGGGUGUUCAUCAUCAUCGGCGCCAUCAUGUUUGUGAUCGCCUUCUUCGGGUGCUGUGGCGCCAUCCGGGAGAGUCACUGCAUGGUUGUCACGUACGCGAUCUUCCUCCUCGUGAUAAUCAUAGUGCAAGUGGUACUCGGUGUGUUGAUGUUCACUUACGGCGAGUCUUUGAAACAAGGCCUGGUCAAAUCAGUAAACGCCGUGUUCGACAAGCGAGCGACAGACCCAAGUGCAAAUCUGGUCUUCGACAACAUUCAACAGCAGUUGGAGUGCUGCGGUAAAUACAGCGCUGCGGACUACGGUCUGGUUCUGCCGAAAUCCUGCUGCUCUCGCCUCAGUGCCGUCGGUAAAGUUCUGGGAGACACCUGCACCAUCGCUGACGCUAACACGACUGGCUGUGGACCCAGGGUUGCGGAACUGUACGAGAAGUGGAACAAAGCGAUCGCUGGUGUAGCUAUCGGGGUCGCCUGUGUUGAGAUUGUCGGAGCGCUGUUUGCACUGUGCCUGGCGAAUUCCAUCCGCAACAUGGACAGAAGGUCUCGCUACUAAUAUUUUGUACAUUAGAACUGGUACGCGUAAAACGGGGACAACACAAAUUAUAAAGUAAUUCAUAUAUUAUGAACAGUUUAUAGAAACUAUGUUACGAUAAACAUUUAUGUUAAGCACACACGGCUAAAAGAAGUACAUUUCCAGUACCACACGAAAUAUUUGGAGGCUCCUUUGCACAGGAUGCCGACUACAUUAUGGGUACCACAACGGCGCCUAUUUCUGCCGUGAAGCAGUAAUGUGUAAGAAUUACUGUUUCGGUCUCAAGGGCGCCGUAGCUAGUGAAAUUACUGGGCAAAUGAGACUUAACAUCUUAUCUCUCACGGUGACGAGCCCUAUUGUAGUGCUGCUCAGAAUUUUUGGGUUUUUCAAGAAUCCUGAGCGGUAUUGCAUUGCUAUCGGCAGAGCGUAUCAAUUACGAUCACCUGAAGGUCCUACUCGUCUCGUCCCUUAUUUUCAUAAAAAAAAGAUACCCAACUUAUGUAUGAAAAAUAAUGGACUUGAAACAUGGCAUGCUUUAUAAGGGAAUGACUUUAACUCAGCUAGCUCUUGUUGUCUUACAGUACCAAUAACAUAAUGAUCUAGCAUAUUAGUCCACUCGGUAGUUAACACAAAAGCAGUAUUUACAGACCUCCAACCUACCAAUUACAUCUUUAAAGUAUUUUAACUAAUAUAAAAUGGCUUUUCUUUGCUUUAUAUUUUAUAGCUACUAGUUAUUCUGUAUCAAAUGAUACUGCAUUAUUUCGCUAAUUUGACAAAACAUGGAAACUAUUUUGCCAUGGUUCCACUCUGAGGUCGAACCUUUUGGACACAUCUGAGUAGAGUUUAAAGAACAGUUCUUUAUAAGGUUAAGUCAAUUUCAAAUGUCAAUGUCAAAUAACCACAACAGCUGUAAUGAACAAAACUGUUCCAUUUUGCCACUGAUCAAUAACGUAAACGUUACCUUUCAACAUGAUAUUGACUGAAUUGUUGUGCCCCUUCCACAGAGGCCAUCUAUAGGUAUUAUUCUACCUAUAGAUGGAUUCUAUUGAAUAGAAUGAACGUGUCAGGUAGAACAAAUUAUUAAAGCUACAAUUUCCUACAAAACACUUAACGAUUCGGGUUUAUUUGUAACCAUAUGAGUUAUAAAUUUGAAACAGCGUGUGUGCUUAAUAAAUAUUAUUUAAAUUGAUCGUAACUUUAACGACAGCGAACCCCACCUCAAAAUCGAACCGCGUUACCAUCAAAUUCGGCCUUGAAACUGUAGUUCCAAGACGCCAGAGUUUAUUUUGUAUAAUGUACCUAACAGAGUCAACAUGUGUAAGAUGGAAGUUAAUGUAAAGAAUUUCAAGUUAUUUUUUAAAGUUUUUGAAUGUUUAUGAUAGUACUUUAUAGGUGUACUCUUUCUAUAUUGGCUAAAUUUGUACAAGCGAGAUAUUAUUAUACUUAAUUGUUAAUAUUAUGUUCUCAAUGUUGUGAUCGACGGAAAAUUAUAAAAAAAAAUCUCCCAGAGUAUAUUAUUUACGUUUCCACAAAGCACAAUUUAACGUUAUUAUUAACUAUGACAUUUUGUAUUUAUUUUCACGUGUUCACUUUCUGAUAUUUUUAUUGACUUUCGCCGCGCGCGAUUUUGACUUUAGCUGAUACUUUUAAGUUUUGUUAAUCAUAUUUUAUUGAUUUUAAAAUAAGUAAUGUUAAGUUAAUUAAGGUGUUUAUAUUUACAACAUGCAUAACUGAAAUUAUAAAAGUAUUUUCUUAAGAGUUGUAGUUUUAACAUACGUCCAAUAUACAAAUUAGAGUGUUUAAAUUUUGUAUGCAUUUGGUAUGUUGAGUAAGUCACAUGUUAAUAGGUAGUCACUGACCGUGGUUUGACCGUCGUGUACCUAUUUUGAAUCUCUUGUGCAUUUCUAAAACAUCUUGCUUUUGUGAAUUUCUAUUGUAUUUUAAUAAAGUGUCAUCGAAUCGAA